UUGUUUUAUAAUUAUAUGUUACCUUUCGAUUAAAACUGGCAACUAAUUUUUGAACUAUUAUUUAAAAAUUUAUUUAUUUUUAAAAACCAUCCUUAAAAAUAUGUCAUCCAUAAUUGUCGGUUUGGAAUUCCAAGUCCGCUUAUCAGUUGCCUUCGUCCUGCGGUUUUACCUCAAAUUAUUCUCAAUUAACUCGCGUUUAAGCAUAUUUCCCCCAGAGAUCCCAGGUACAGGAUAUUGGAAUACCCUUUGAGAAUAAGAAAUCCCGAAAAACGAUCCUGAAACUGUAUUACGCAAUAAUAAAAACUGUCAACGGUUGGCUGGACUGGAUCAUUGAUACAUUUUCAGGUAAUAACCCAGCAGACUCCGAAAAGAUCAAUGGCUGGAAAUCCCUGGGGAUUUCCAGGCGUCUCUACCAUUCAUAAAACCUGAAACACGUGUUGGCAAUUACCUGGAUCCUGUUCAUCCGAUCCUAGGUAGGGAUUUAGGCCAGGUACUUCGCAGGAUGAAUGAACGGGACAGGCACUGCCUUUAUAAGACAAAGAUCCUUCGCCAGGACAAUCAGAACCGAACCGAACACCAACCUAGGCACUUCGUACUACAAUUCAAAAGAGCAAAAUGAUGUUAAGGACAUUCGUUGGCAUUAUCCUGUUGCUGAGUUUCUGGAGUCAACGUGCGCAGGGCGCCGUUAUUGCGUCGCAGGACCUUCGUGUGGAGUCUCUCAGCCAUCCCGAAUCCCUGCCAGAACGCUACCAAAGGAUCGCCCAGUGCCGAAAGCUCUGCUAUCGCGAGUCCUUGCCAGUGAUAACGCCGCCGUUCCUCUGCCGAUCCCGGCCAGAGUGCUACAUGUGCCACGACUACUGCCGAGUCCUGGUCGUGGCCCAACGGAGCCUGGCCACUUCCAUGUGCGCCGAUCGGGAGUUCUGCACUCGCGGCUGCCGGGUGGCCUGCUCCUACCAUCACCUCUGGAUCCACCAGCACCAGGACGACAAUGCGAUCUUCAAGGAGUAGACUUCAAGGACGUAGUCAACAAAUUCAAAUCAACAAAUUAUUUAUCUGUAAAUAGCAAUCUUAUGACUUAGUAUAUUAAAUGUACAGCUUACUUUAGAAAUUAAAUAAAAAUAUUUGAACUUUAAACAAA